AUGCUGGACGAUGUUGCCAGUUCAUACCAGGCCUUCCUGAUCGAUUCCGGGGCCCUGUACAUUGACCUGAGGGAUGAGAACAGCCUGGAGGCCAACGCGUCAAGGGUGGAUUACACGCGCCACAUGAUGGCGUCAGACGACUUCACUUCUCAGAUGCAAGAGGCCGGAGCUCAAAGUUGCAGCGAGGAUGCUCUGACUCCGUCAUGGAGGUGCAACAGCUUCGCAGCCCUGGGAAAUGCUUUGUUGCCGUGGCAGAAAGGCAUCUCACAGGAGGACACCUUGCGCGCAGUUCGCAUCGCAGACAAGGACGGUGCCCAACAAGCGGUGGUCUUCCGAUUAGUUGAAAAGCACGACGGUGCAGAACUUCGACUCCUGGCCACCGCAGAGGCAUCCGAGCAGUCGGAUCUGGUCGACUGCAUCGCAGCUGCGAUCAUUGCUGCAGUGGGACCCAUGCUGCUGGAGGGCAUGCCCAGGCUCGAGGUGGCGGUCAGCUUGCGCAACGAAGCUGUAUCACGAAGGAUGUCGACGCUUUGGAGUCCUCCGUACGGACGUCGCGAGGACGUGCCGCCACCUCUGUUCAGCUUCUGCAGCGAGCAAAAGGACUUCUGGGAUAUUCCGUUGCCGAGCUCUCUUUGUCAUGCUUUCCGACCAACUUGCAAGAACGCCAAGGUGAUGCAGCUUCAGGCGGAGGAAGAGCAGUGCUACAUCUUCAGACUGCUCAGGGCGUAUGCAGAGCUGCUUCGCUAUAGGCCUCUGGGCCAUGCAAUGGAGGAGCAGGCCUUGACGAUGGAUGAUCUGAUCAUGGCAUCUGGGGCAGCGGUCUUGAAAUCCUGGCCUGUGGAGCUAAAUCCCUCCGCCCAAGAUCUGAUGUCACAAUGUGAUAUGCUCGUGGCUCGGGCAGCUGCCUGA